AUGAAAUGUUAUCAUCAAUAUCAAACAUUAAAUUAUUUAAAUAUACAAUAUAGAAAUGAAAAAAAUUCUAAUGCUAUUUUAUCAUCAAUAGAUAUUUGGAAAGAUGAUAUAAAGAAAAAUAAUUAUCUUAAACAAAAUUAUUCUCCUCUAUAUAAUAUUCCAUUAUGUUUUCAUAAUAAUUUUUUAUUAAAUAAUAAACAAAAUUUUAAUAAUGAAAAAUCAUUAGAAACUAUUAAGAAAAUUUUAUUAUCACAUCGAUCAUAUGAAAGUCUUCUUCAUCGUUUACCAAGUCCACCAAAACCUAGACUUAGUCAAACAUCAUUAACUGAUAGUAAUAUUAUCGAACCAAUUACAUUAAUUGAUGAUAAAUUAAUGAAUAAAGAAAUGUUAAUCGAAAAACUUUCUUCAUCACAUCAUCAAUCAAAUGAAAAAUCAGUAUUAAUUGACAAUAAAUUAAUAAAAUCGAAAUCUAAAUAUGAUUUAUCAUCUCAAAUAAUAAUUAAUCAAUUUAUUAAAGAUAUUAAUACAAAUAUUGAAACAAGUAUUAAUUCAAUAUCUAAAUCAUUGAUAAAAAAAAAAAUUAAUUAUAAAUCUCAAAGAAAAUAUUCUUAUAAUAAAUAUAAAUUAAAAACAUCUCAUUCAAUAAUAUUACAUAAUAAAAAUCAUUUAAAAUAUUCUUUAUUUCCAACAGUACCAAAAUGUUUUAAUGAAUAUUUUCAAAUAAAUUUUAAUUCAUUAUUAGAUAAAAAAAUAUCUAAUAAAUAUUUUCAAUUAAAUAUAUUUGAUUCAAAUUUAUUUCAAUGGGAAAUAUUUAAUUUAAAUCAAUAUGAAAAUUUUUUUUGUCGAAAAAAUUCUUUAUUAUUAUUUAAUAAUAAUAAUAAUAAAUCUCCUAUACAAACAUUUAUAUAUUAUAUUCAAUCUCAACGUCAAUAUGUACCAUCAAAAUAUUCAUCAUGGAAUAUUUUCUUUCCUAAUUAUAAUCCAUUAAAAUUUUCAUUAAAAAAUUUAAAAUCAAAUUUAAAUUUUAAUAUUAAAAAUCCUUAUGGACGUACAGGUUUAAUUGGUCAAAGUUUAUUAGAAAAUUUUGGUCCUAAUCGUUAUAUAAUAUCAUUAAUAAUUAUAGAAGAAAAUAAUAAAAAAUAUAUUUUAUUAAUAAAAAAUCAAUAUGAAAAAUGGGAAUUACCUAAAACUAAAAAUCUUAAAAAAAAUCUUCAUUAUCAUACACUUGAUAUAGUUUAUUUAGAUCAUCCAUUAAAUACAGAUAAUACAUGGAUUGAAAUUCAAAUAAUUCUUAUUAAAAAUUCUUAUAAAUAUUUUCAUAAAAAAACUUGGUUUUUAAUCAAUUAUUUACAUAAAUUAAAUAAUAUUGAACAUUUUGAUUUUAAUUUAAUUCAAUUUUAUAUAUAG